CCGACGCAGCCCUGCCCGGGAUAUCCUUGGGAGUCUCAUGAGGGCACAUGAAAGGAGCCUGCAUGGCAGACCAAGCAAGUCAGAAAUGAGGAAAUGAAAUGGCAGCGUUGACGGAAACAAAAACACCACCUGUGCCAUUAGGUGCACCUCCGGACCCAAGACAUGUCCUGCUACAACCAGUGCCUGCCCUGCCAGCCCUGCGGCCCGACCCCGCUGGCCAACAGCUGCAAUGAGCCCUGUGUCAGGCAGUGCCAGGACUCCACCGUCGUCAUCCAGCCCUCCCCCGUGGUGGUGACCCUGCCCGGCCCCAUCCUCAGCUCCUUCCCACAGAACACCGCCGUGGGCUCCUCCACCUCCGCUGCCGUUGGCAGCAUCCUCAGCUCUGAGGGAGUGCCCAUCUCCUCCGGGGGCUUUGGCCUCUCCGGCUUUGGCAGCCGCUACUGCGGCAGGAGGUGCCUCCCCUGCUAAAGCUGCUGGCGAUGGCCCUGGGCAAGGCCACCAGGGACCCAGGAGAUGGUACCGCACUGGGGACGGAGCAUCGGCUUGUUGCUUGCAGAGAGGCGGAGCAACCCCAGCACCCCUUGUAAAAGGACGGGGCCAGCCUCAGCUCUGAGAAAGCACAGCCCUUGCCUGCCUUUCCCCUCUUCCGCUCUCUCCUUUCCCUCCCGUCUCCUUGUUCUCUUGUGCUCCCCUGGGCUGUGAGCACCACAAAGGCAGCCUAGAGAAGACCUGCUGACCCUGCACCCUCUGUGGGGCAGGCACAUGGACACUUGGCAGGAUGUCCAGCACAGCCAUGGGGCGCAGAUUCUUUUCUGCCCCUGGUGCUCCCUGCAGUGGGUCCUUGCCUCAGAUUGAUGUAGUCUCCCUCUUUUGACUCAUUAAAGUUCUG